AUUUUUUUUGGACUGAAAGUUUUUAAUUUUUCUAAUGCAUAACUGCAACUAAAUUAUGAGUUUGUUAUUGAAUAACAAUUACCAAUUAUUGUACCGUUAAGCAUUUAAAGAAUGUUAACUAUUUUUUUUGCUAAUACAUUUUAAUGUAUUUAUAUUUGAAUUCAGAAAUUGUAUUACUGCUAAGCAUUUAAGCACAAAACUUACGAUAGUAAAACGUGAGUAAAUUUUUGCAUUAAAAUAAAUUUUAUUAAAAGAAGAAAAGAAGAAAUUUUUAUCUUAAUGAAAAUAAAAAAAAAACGAAGGUAAUGGGAAAAAGAUUACUCAUUUUAGAAUUUAUUGUAUUCGUAAAUAGGUAACAUGUUUUCAAACAUUUCAAUGACUAUACCCUGAAGAGACGAGUUCAAUUCCGAGUGAGUGUCUAUCUGUUCGUCCGUUAACUAAUGAAAUUUGGCAGAUGUGCUCCUUGGUUAAAAAAUGAUGACGUGUUCUUAGAUGGAUAUAGUAGAUAUUUUCUAUUUUAUUAAAAAUAUUUGAAGAAUAUAUCUAUUUUUGUUUAAAUUAAAGGCCUCCGGGGGAACCUAAUGAAUACCCAAAAUAUAUCGGUAACUCGCCUAUACUGCAACCUCUUACUAUUUUUAAUCCUUUUAUUUAAAUCUCUGUGCCGAAAUAUCAACUAUUUCGAUCAAGUGAUCUCAGCUGUUGACGACCAUAUGAUUCUUUUGUUACUAGUAUGUUUCUACAAUGGUAAUAAGUUUGAAUAAGAUAAUUGAAUUAAACGAAAUCGAUUUUCUUCACCGAUUUAUAUCGAUUUUAAAAACAAUUAUUUGGAGCCCGCGGCACCAGUGUUCUUUAUAAUUUAGGCUUUUUAAAUAUAUAAUUUUGUUUAWUAAUAUAAAGUCAUGCAAUACUUUUGUUCAUGGCUGUAAAUUACACCCUAUUCUUGAUUAGCUACCAUCAAUAACAAAAGCAAAUCAGCUGUGUUUUGUUUACGUUGCUUAAAAGCUCAUAGUUGUUUUUAUAUUAGAUAAUAGUAAAACUCUACUGUGAUAAUAAAUAUAAUGUUAUAAAUAGUCCAAUGGAUUGUCACUAUUACACUCCUAAAAUUAUAUAAUUAAAUUAUGAAAUGAAGUAUAGUAAAAAAAUUCGACAACWUCAAAAAUAAGUGAAUUUAUUAUAAAUUUCAAUGGGUGAUAAAGGAUGGAAAAGUGUUUUAUGCGGCGGCAUGGCUGGUGGUACUGACGUACUUAUWACAUUUCCUACAGAAUACAUAAAAACACAACUGCAAUUAGAUGAAAGAGGUGACAAAAAGAAAUAUAGUGGGGUGAUAGAUUGCUUUAGGAAAACCACAAAACAAUAUGGUAUUUUCGGGCUAUACCGUGGAAUGAGCACAUUGCUUUAUGGAAGCAUGCCAAAAACUGCCGUAUGCUUUGGAUCCUUUGAAUUUUUCAAGUCACAUCUUGUUGACGAAAAGAAAUCGCUCUCAACAUUUAAUAGCUUCUUAUGUGGUUUGGGUUCCGGAAUAGUGGAAUCCAUACUUGUGACAACACCAAUGGAAACUUUGAAAGUCAAACUUAUAAAUGAUCGACGUAGUGAGAAGCCAAAAUUUCGUGGAAUGUUUCAUGCUGCUCGUCUCAUUGUAAAAACAGAAGGUUUUCAUGGCAUUUACAUGGGUCUUACGCCGACGUUGCUCCGACAGUGUUCCAAUCACGCAAUACGAUUCCCUAUAAUGGAAACAUUUAAAAAUUUCUAUAAAGGUGAUGACCCAACUCGGAAACCGCCUAAAUGGAUGAUAGCUAUGGUGGGAUUUAUGGCCGGCGGYACCGCUGUGCUUGCCAAUACUCCAGUUGAUACAUUAAAAACACGCAUGCAGGGCUUGGAAGCCUCUAAAUAUAAAAAUAUAUUCGAUUGCAUCUUGAAAAUAUCUCGUAACGAGGGAGUAUUAGCACUCUAUAAAGGCAUGGUGCCACGAUUAAUACGUUUAUCUCUACAAGCUAGUGUAAUUUUUACACUUUACGAUGUAUAUAUGGAAGCGUUUGAUGCAUUGGAAGAAAUGUUGAAAAGGAACAGAGGGAAAAGUUGAUUGGACGUUCGUAUUUAUUUUGAGUUGCAACUGGUGUUGUAUCUGCUGUAAUAUAUUUGUGUAGUUAAAUGGAUAGAAUAUUGCGAGAUUAUAUUGUUUGAAUACUCAAACAGCGGUUUGCUGAAUUCAUUUAGUGGUAAAAAAUUAAUAUUUUAUAAUUGAUACUCGUAAUUAAAAAUAACUGUUAAAUUUAAUUUUUGCAUAUCCAUACUUUUGAUAACA